UGCGGGCCUUUGCAGCGACUCAGUUGCUCGUCGAGAUGAUUAACAAUUUGCUGCCCGUUGUUGGCUCCGUUCUGCUGUGGGCUGCCGCCUGCCAGGCGGCCGCUGUGCCCGACGGACGUGUCGUGGGCGGCGUGGAUGCGGCCAAGGCACAGUUUCCGCAUCAGGUCUCGCUGCGCAAUCGUGGCUCACACAGCUGCGGCGGCUCGAUUAUCUCUCGCAACUAUGUGCUCACGGCGGCGCACUGCGUCGUCUACGAGGAUGCCAACAACAACGUGCAAGUCUAUCCGCCCAGCCAGAUCAGCGUGCGCGUUGGCUCCAACGAUCGCUUCAGCGGCGGGGUCUUGCACAACAUUGUGCAGAUCGUUGCGCACGAGGAGUAUGGCGACUUCCUGAACGAUGUGGCGGUGAUGCGCGUCGAAACGCCGUUCAUCUACUCGGAGAGCGUGCAGCCAAUCGCGCUGCCCACCCAGAAUACGCCAGGCGGCGUCGAUGUCGUCAUCUCGGGCUGGGGCCGCAUCAGGCAUGGCGGCGAUCUGCCACGCUAUUUGCAAUGGAACACGCUCAAGUCUCUGAGCUUGGACGAGUGCGAAGAGUCGAUUGGAUGGGGCGAGCCAGCCGGCAUCUGCCUGAUGCAUGAGGCGGACAACGGCGCCUGCAACGGCGACUCCGGCGGCCCGGCGCACUACAAUGGUGAGCUGGUGGGCGUGGCAGGUUUCGUUGUGGGCGGCUGUGGCAACAUCUAUCCAGACGGCUAUGCACGUGUCCACUACCACGUCGACUGGAUCAAGGCGCACACAGACGUGGUGUAGACUCGAAACGUGAAAUUAACAUUUAAUUGAUUUACAAUUUUUUCCCCUUUCUU